CGAUUUUUUUGUUUAAUUUUUUGCAAAAACAAAAGCCAGCCACUUUCGGCGUGCAUCAUUUAUAAAUGAUUCGACAAAUAACCAAAUUCCUCGAAAACGUCUCCGCGAGUGCGUUAAAGUUCCAACGGGAAUUCUACAAGGCCAAAUCGAAAGAGUUCAGGAUGCUCCUUCAGCAGAUCUCGAGGAGCAGGCAGGGGACGAUUUUUAAGAAGCAGCCUGCACUCUGGUGUCUGGUCGGAUGUCUAGUAGGUGGUUUUAGUCUGGCCACUCUCAGCCUGGCCCGCACCGUCAAGAAUCACCCGGACGUGUACCUAAUCCGCCGCCACUCGGGCGAGGAGCGCUACUGGCGCCGAUACACCAAACUGUUCGACGUCAACGGAUCGCGCAAGUACUGUCCCGCACCGGACUUCUGA